CUCCGCAUGCAGCACCAGCAGAAAGUUCUGCGAGCCGAUGCCAGCUGGUGAGCCGGGUGUAGCGCUGCUGGGGGCAGAAGGAGACGCGAGAAGCCGAGACUAAGCGGACAAGAUGCCGUCGCACCCGUUCGGCCAGUUCUCGGAGCUGGAAGAGAUGAUGUGCAAGCAGUUAUUGAACCUGGACUUCAGGGAGCAGAACCAGCCUUCACCCCUGAGUCCCAGAAUGAGGACCCCGGGCUACGUGGGUCAAGCGCCGAGAUGCAACUCCCUGUUUUCCCUGGACUCCCUCUCCAGCCUCCCCUCCGAGUCCUCAGACAACGUGUUCAUGAGCGGCGCCCAGUGGGGGCAGCAGGCGGAGUCCGACGCCACUCAGUGGGGCAAGCGAGGCUUCUGGUCUCAGCGCUCCGUCAGCAUGGUGGAGACGGGCAGCGGCGGCGGGGGCACCACUCAGGCCGGUCAGUGCUGGCCGGGGUCGGACUCCAAGUGCUCACUCGGCGACAUCAGUCCAGCUGCGCUCACUUCUGGCUCGUCCUCUUCGACCUCCUCCUCAUCCUCACGGUACAAGACUGAGCUGUGCCGCUCAUUCACGGAGAACGGCUUGUGCAAGUACGGUGGCAAGUGUCAGUUCGCUCACGGGAUGGAUGAACUCCGGGACCUCAGCAGGCAUCCGAAAUAUAAAACUGAGCCCUGUCGCACUUUCCACACCAUCGGCUUCUGUCCCUACGGGAUCCGCUGCCACUUCGUCCACAACAACGAGGAGGAGAGGAAGCACGCCUCCGCGGGAGCCGCCCCCCCGCCACUGGCCGCCGCACGCUCGGGCAGACCUCCUCUCCUCAGGCAGAGCUUCAGCUUUGCUGGCUUCCCAUCUGCUCCUCAGCGUGGCCUUGCCGCUCCUCCUCCUGCCACCUUCUCGCAGGCCACUUCUGGCACCAGUUCUCCAUGUGCUGACAUCACUGACCUCCUCUCAAAGGUCUUCCUGGAGAUGGACUCGGCGUUCGAGGCCUCGCCUGUUCAUCCCUACCCUCCGGUCACUGCCAGCGACUCACCAUUCCUGCCUUCUCCAGACUCUGGCUGCUCGCCGCGCGGCCCGUCGCCGUCCAGGCAGAGCCCGGGCAGCGGCGGAGGCAGCAUCUUCCCAGCAGCGCUCGGCGCUCGCUCCCUGUCCACCACCUCCUUGUCCGAUCAGGACCAUCAUGACGGGAGCAGCUCCACCGGCUCGCUCAGCGGCUCCGAGUCCUGCAGCGAAGCAAAGCGCCUGGCCGUGUUCAGCCAACUCUCUGUCCCGGAAGAUGUGGGCGGGGUCAACCUCUAAGCCGGACCUGAUGGGAAGCCUGUUGCCUGCACACUUUGGAUUUCUCACCGUUCAAAAAGACGUUCUCGAGUUCACCGACUUAGAUCUAAGCAGUUCUGUUUUCAGUGAGGGGUCUCGCCCGAAUGUGUUCAACCAAAAACGCAACACAAGUCGCACCAGCAUCGCCCAGAUGACUAUGUGAUCAAGCCAAAGACAGUCAACGCUUCAAAGUGACCUUUUGUUGUGUGUGUGUGUUGGGGGGGGGGGGUGCGUGACCCCCGCACCAAGUGUUCUCAGUAUUGUUGAUAAGCUAGUUCCUUCUCAACUGUUCACGCUAGUGUUGGACGCCAUUGUUGUUGUUUUUAACAAGUGAAGUACCUGUGAUCCUGACAGGACAUGUUUCCGGAGACGACCGUUUGCUCCGUGUUGAGCUUCUCCAUGUGCAUUAAAUCCCAAGCCACCACUAGUGCAGUGGCCCUCACUAGGAUACUUGAAGGAGAAGGAUUUAACUCUCGUCCUCGUGCGUUUGGUGACCCGGAAGCGCCUCUUUGUUCUCUCCAUUGGAACCUGGUUUCCAUGUCUAAGAUGACAUUCCAGUUCUGCCCAGGUCGGCACUCUUCUCUGCUCCACGUCUCACACAAGUGCGGCCGUGACUGGCGCGUGCCAAAUCUGGAGUCCUCUGAAUUUGUAGCUUCGCCGUUGACUGUUAGGAGGUCUGUUACAGUAGGUGUAGGUUUUCUACGUGAUGUGUUUUAGCCGUAAUGAUUUGGUUCCUGUAGUUUGUAGACCACCGUUGCUCUAUUUAAAACCUUUUUCAAUUGUUUGUUUGAGGCCUCUCUAGUGUUUAAGGUGAUAGUAAGUUAAUUUCUUUAAUUUAUUUUAACAUAUUUAUAGAGGACUUUGAGUUGCUUGUAUCAAGUUUAAUAUAUUUUGUUUUCUUUUUUUUUUGUACUGGAAAUAAAGUUUGUUUUUUA